AUGCUAAAUAUUACUAAAGCAUUAAAAGAAAGUGUUUCAAUUGCUUUUUAGAAAGCCUUUGCUAGGCAUCAUGAAAUCUAAAUCAUAUUUCAAAAUUUAAAGUAUUCAACCUCUUGUCCAGCUACAUUCUCUGAGUAUUAUAAAUCCAAUUAUGUAAAAUUCACUUUCUAAUCAUCUUAGUAAAAAGAAUGGAAAGAAACUCUACUUCCAAAAGAUGUAGCUCAUGAAAUCUUAGUUCAUUUUUCAUCUCCAACUUGGAAUGAAUUAAAAUUGGUUUCAAAUAUUGAAGUAAGUCAAAUGGGACAUCUACAAUUUCAAAUCAAUAAAUAAUAUUAUUAGCAUCUAAUAAAAUAGAUUGAGACUUCUUUAUGGCCAAAUCUUACUCCUAUUUACAAAAGUAUCAACAUUUAUGGUCCAUUUAUUAAUAUGAAUGGUCCAAUUAAUAAAACAGAGUAUAUUAUCUAUUAUAAUUUAGUAUGAGAGGACUUCACAUUUAGAAUAGAUUGUAUAGUGUCUUAUCUUAAUUAAGUGAAAAUUGUAAUAAAUUUAAUAAUAUUACUAAUUAAAUUACAAACAACGAUUAUUUGAUUCUCCCAGCUAAAGUAAUAAGAAUUUAUGAUUAGAUUGUUUGCAAAUCCAUUCAAUCCAUUUCAUUGGGGAUAUAAUUAAGUCUUAAAUGAAUC